AUGUGCCAGUGCAAAGGAAUAUAUCAUGAAGGAAGCAAAAUUACUUUCAUACCUGACGCGGAAUCCAAGUAUUUUGGUUAUUCGGUUUUACUGAGUGAUAUGGGGCUCAUUAUCGGUGCACCAAAAGCAGCAAGCAGAGAUAACAGAAAUAUAUCACCGGGAUUGGUGUUUAACUGUCAGUUAGAAAACUUAGACGUACGGAACUCAACAUGUCAGCCUAUCGGAUUAAACAUAGACGGAUAUGGAAGCUUUUUCGCAAACGUGCUUAUGCCAAAAGAUUUCUUCAGAGAUGAUAUGUGGUUUGGUGCAACGAUUGCCAGUGUUCCGGAUGGAAAGCUAUUGAUAUGUGCCCCACGAUGGACGGUUCCGUACAGAGAAAAGCACCUCUUAGCGAACGGCGCGUGCUAUUUAAUAUCACAAAAGAGGGGGAUGACCUUACUGCCUCUGAAGGAAAUGAACCAUCAAGCCUUCAAAACAGACGGUUCUAGAAAAGAAUACGGGGAAUAUGGAACUCAUCUCAAUUUCUACGCAUACGCACAAGCGGGCAUAUCAAUUAAAGUGACAGAAAGUAAUUCUGUUAUAAUGGGUGCCCCUGGACUACUUCAAUGGACAGGCGGCAUUGUGGAUUAUCAGUUCCUUUCAGAUACACGUUCAUUGUUUUUUUCAAAACAACCAACUACAAAUCCAUAUUACACAAAAGAAUUAGGUCCAGACGAUUACUUUGGUUACAGCGUGGAGUCAGGAGUUUUUGGUGUUGACAAUAAAACUUUAUACUUAGCUGGAGCUCCCAGGUCAAAGUUAGGUUACGGACAGGUUUUGAUUUUCGAGCCUGCGCUUAGAGAACACGAUCCGUUAAAAGUAGUAUUGAGUCUUCGUGGGCCGCAGCUCGGUUCCUACUUCGGCGCAAGUCUGUGUUGCAUAGAUGUCAAUAGAGAUGGUUACCUAGAUCUCUUGGUGGGCGCACCGAACUAUGUGACUAAGGAGGGUGAACUACGUUACGACCAAGGCGCUGUUUUCAUUUAUCUGAAUGAAAGGCUGGGCAAUAACUUCACAUUACGGUUUGCAGGCUUUGUGUCAGGUUCUAAUAUGAAUGGAGCAAGAUUUGGGAGUGCUAUCGCAGAUUUAAAUGAUGUAGAUGGAGACGGUUACAGAGAUGUAGCUAUUGGCGCACCGUGGGAGAAUGAAGGACGUGGUGCUGUGUAUUUAUAUAGAGGAGCUGAAAAAGGUCUCCACAACCAUUAUGCACAGAAGAUUGUAGCAGAAAAUGCACUAAGUUUUGGAAUGUCCAUAUCAAAAGGUUUUGAUGUGGAUAGCAAUAACUGCAGUGAUUUGGCGAUCGGUGCAAUAAAUAGCGGUACAGCGUAUUUAUAUCGAUGUGUUCCAACAAUGGAAGUGCACGCUGUGAUAAAAGUUCCAGAUGCCAUGUACUUACCCCUUAAUGCUACAAAUUUUACCGCCUUAUUCUGUGUCGGAGCUCCGGAACAACUGAAAUGGCCACACGUCAAAAUAUCCCUACAAGCGAAGAUUACAGUGGAUCCGAACGGCGGCAGGGCCUGGAUAUCAGGAGACGCGGAGUAUCAGGUAUCCAUCAAACCUGGCAGUAACGCAUGCGAGGAACAAAUCGUAAAAGUUAUGCCUACAGCAGACUUGUCAAAACCAAUCACCUUAAUAUUUGAUUUAGAGCCGAAGAUGCUUUUAGAAGAUGGCUCAGCAAACUUUUUGCACAAUGAAGCACGACUGUCGGAGAGCUCACGCUUGCACUCGUCCUUUGAUAUUCAACUCAACAGGGACUGUGGAGAGGAUCUUAUUUGCAAGCCGUUGCUAGAAAUAGAUUUGAAAGCUUUAACCAGUCCAUAUGUUCCGGGAUCUGAAAGCAGACUGGGUGUACAAGUGACUGUGUUAAAUAAAGAUGAACCAGCGUAUGGUGCUAAAGUGUUUCUAACACUUCCAUCUUCACCUAAAAGAUUACCAAGUGCCUGUUCUUUAGAAGAGCUGAACGUUACUUGUGAAGUGCCAGCUCCUCUUCAUAGAAAUGAAUCUGUGUCUUGGGAAAUAGAAUUAGAAUUAGCGGAAAAAACUUCAGUUCCUCAUAAAUUGAUAAUUAAAGCAAAUCUAGAAGAUCCGCUACACAAAAAGAAUGACAGUGACAAAAUUACAAAAGAGCUUGCUAUUAUAAUAAAGCCAGAAGCUCUUUUUAAUGUCAGCGGGACAGCACUGCCAAAUAGGACCAUCACGAUCACUAGAGAUGAAUUAUCCAGCUCCGGAAAUAUAGCAUUCGUACAUUAUUUCGAGAUUACAAAUUUAGGACCAUCUCAUUGGUUCAAUUUGCCGGCUCAGAUAAAAAUUCCAGACAAGGUGAGCCUUUCCAACACUGUCGACGGAUGUUCAAAAGCUAUUGGUGGACUUCAAUGUUCUUGGUCGCUUCAUGCUCGGUCCUCUCAAACUAUUUCACUUUCAUUCAAGUUCCAUCUAAGCUUACAUGGUGACUACCUGGCAGCUAAUACGACACUCAACGCUACCUCUGCAAUAAUUUUGCUGUUAGAAAACCAAAAUAGUAGAAACGCAACUGUAACGACGACUCUGGUGUUAGACCCCGCACCGCCCAUCUGGCCGUUGAUAGUUGGCAUUGUAGCUGGUCUUUUAGUCCUCGCUACAAUAGUUUACGGUCUUUAUAAGUACGGAUUUUUCACAAGAAAGAAGCGAGAGGAUCUCAAGAGACUUCAAGAACAAAGCGACGACUCUAAUUCUCUCGCUGACUUAACACUUGAUGACAAUGAUAUGUGCACACAAGACAAACUCUUUGAGGAUUCUGAUUGA